CAAUCAAAGUAAUGCAAUUAACAAUGAGUCACAGCAAAGACUCUAUAGUUAAAAAAGAUGCAAGGCAUCUUAAACAAAUUAUGCUAACAUCUGAGGAAUGGCAAUUAAUAAAAAAUUUAGUUAAAAUUUUACAACCUUUUACUAAUGCUACAAAGAUGCUUGAAUUUCAAGAAGAAAUUGAUCUCAUUGAUGAAUCUGAAGUACUUAAUACUGAAUUUAAAACAAAAAUCAAUCAAACUAAAAUUAAUAUUCCACAAGUCUCUCUUCUUGUAACACUCCUUGAUCCUAGAAAUAAAAAAAUGAAAUUUGUAACUUAUUCUCAAAGACUUGAGGCCAAAGCAUAUUUAGUAGCUGAGCAUUAA